CAUUCGGACUCAUGUGGGCACUGUGCCUGGAGGGACGGGAAGCUGCUCCCUCAUGAGCCAAGGUAAGCCAGCAGCUGGUCAGGAUAGGCCUGAAAAGUAUCGGUGUGUUAGCGCAUGCGCGAGUGUAGUCCAGUGAGUGGCCAGGAUGGGGCUCUGCGGUGCCUCCCUCCUGCCUCCCCCGACCUCCACUCCCCGGAGCCUUGCCCUGCCCACCGCCGUCCAGUUAGUCAAGCAUCAGCCAGGAGCUCCGACACCCACCUAUCCCCGCUCGCCUCGUCUACAGUUUUAUUCUUCUUAUCCCUAACCACAACUGAAGAAAGGAUAAAUUCAGUUUCCCAGAUAUCUAUCAAAGCAGCUCUACAGCCAAGUGAAAGUCGGUGAAGCGAGGCUCUUGGCGAGAGGUGCAGCUUGGUCUGUAAGUCGCUAGGCCAGGGAGGUGACUGUGGCCCCAGCUGUGUGUCAUACUCUCACUCCCUACGUACUACCUGCUCCAACGCUGCCUUGCCUCUCUGCUGCUCUUCCAGUCCUUCAGAGUGAAGCUUAAAGUGUGUCUUAAUUAAGUUGCGGACUUUCUAAAUACGAGUGAUUUAAUUGAAUCCAAGGUUUCGAGUGUAAAGAUCCAGCUGCUGCCAUCUGUUACCACGGGAGGCAUCGGUUCACCUGGAAGGCACGAGACCUCUCAUCUAUUCGCGACAAGACGAGGAAUGGUGGACUCCUCGUAAGAGUUUAAUAUCUUGGUAUAGAAAAAAAAAAAAAAAAAAAACUGUUGUUUCUAAGAAACAGUGAAAUUUGCAGAAGAUAUUUCAGUGUACCUCUUGGUGUCAGGUGAAGACUGGCGACCAAGUGUGACGCACUGCCACAAGCAAUAUACGAGUAAUCUGUGCUUCUUGUGCUUUGAUGUUUGAGUUGCUGUGCCAGUGAAAACACAAUUCGUUGUGAGAAUUGCUAAGCUAUCCAAGUGUCAAACGAAAGGUGGUCGCUGAGGUCUGCAAGUGAGUGAAUAAGGAGAACUGAUGUUCAUCACAGAACGUAUCAUCACCUAUAGUGAUUGUGUAGGACCUGGUGUCUGGUCAUAGCACAGGAGACCUUAACAGUGCCACUGUGACCGGUAGCGUCGAGAGGCGCAUUCCUGUCCGUAAGUCAUCCACCCAAGGCGAAGACGUCCUCAGGGAAGCUGGGCAGCGAGCAGGUGCAGGGAGCUUCAUCUCAGGCCUCUCCAAGGCGGGGUGGUCGGCUCGGUAACCCAGCUCGCUGUGGCCGCCGAAGGGAUGUGAGUGAUGCGGCGUGAACCUGACGACCACCUCUUGCCCGCCCCGCGCCCGCACGAUCCACAGGGUGCCUUGCUUCACUCACCGACUCGCCUCAUUGUGCAGGCGUCCAAGAGUGAGGCAGACAGCCGAUACCCGGUACACAAGAUGCGCCUGCGUUUCAAUCUCGCUAACCUGCCCAGCGAGGAGGUCCUGCACUCGGCUGAGCUGAGACUUACGCACCUAAAACAUCCGGCUGCUCCAGAUCACGUGCCAGAAGACAAAGACCUCACCACUAAACUACGGGGACGAAAGCAGCGGCGAUGGACAUCCGAGGCUGCACCUUACCUGAAACGCAUCAUGGUGUAUGACGUGCUGCGUCGCGCCACUCGCUCCUCUGAACCAGCGUUGCGCCUCUUAGAUACAAAAAUUGUGGACGCGCGCCAAAUGGGAGUCCAGACCUUGGAUGUCGCAGAUGCUGUUCGUCGGUGGAUAGCGACGCCUAAAAGCAACAACGGCUUGCUAGUGGAGGUUGUUCCCUUCAGUAAAACCUCGACGCUGAACGCAUCCCAUGUGCGGCUCAGGAGGUCAGCAAGGGAGGAAGACCUGUGGUCACAACACCAACCGCUGCUCGUUGUGUAUGCCAACGACGGGAAGGCACAAGUGCGAACCAAGCGAGCCGUGGUGAACAAACAUAAAAAGACUAGAGAUACGUGUCGAAGACAUCGUCUCCAUGUUGACUUUCGUCAAGUAGGUUGGGACGACUGGAUCGUGGCCCCUGCAGGAUAUGACGCCUACUUCUGCAAAGGAGGACCUGCCACUUUCCUUCUUCACGAUUCCCUCAAUACUACUAACCAUGCAGUGGUGCAAACACUAGUUAAUUCACGCUAUCCAGAUCGAGUACCCAAGGCCUGUUGUGUCCCUACUGAACUUUCGCCUAUAUCCAUGCUCUACCAGGACGACGACAAAAAUUUCGUGCUCAAGAACCACCAAGACAUGGUGGUGGAGGGGUGCGGGUGUCGGUGAACAGCGGGCGACAGCCCCGAUGCUGUUCAUCAACGGCCGCUGCCAUGCUGUCUGCUCGCUAGUCCACCCGGUAAUGUGAUAUGUUAUGUUAGAUUUUAUAUAUGAAUACCUACAUCGUGAACCAGAAAUAAAUGUAACAUGAGUAAUACAUGUAGGUGAUAAAAUGUCCGUUUGGUCACAAAACUAUUGAGAGCCUGUGUUCCUGAUGAAUGAACAAUGGGCCACACUUGUUUGUCGUGGCAGACUCACCACGGAGACAAGAAAUAUUAUAAAACCGUCCGUUUAUUGUGUCAGCACUGACGCACCAGCCCGCGUCAGUGGAGGGCUGGAGGCUGGGCAGUGAGAGCACGGACCAAAAGAUGCGUGAGUAGUGGUGCAAGGGGGAUCGGAUGGGGCCAGUGUGGCACAUCGCCAAAGCGGUGGGACACAGAGCCAAGCAGUGUGAGUAUUGUGUUGCGAGGGACAAUAUAACUGACGAGCAUCAUGACGCUAUUCAGGCUGUGAGACAAAGGUGUAGUGCAGCGUAUACAGAACCAAAGAUCAAGGGACGAGCAGUGUCUGUCCGCCUCAGCCCCGCUCACCACCAGCUUGCUGGCGGUGGCCACCACCUCCACCAGCGCGCCCUCUUUUCCCCCGGCUCCGCUGCCCGUAUCCCCCACGUUCCUAACUCCACAUGUAUUUAUUCUCUGUAUUAUAUCCUUCCUACACGUAAGAGAAUGUACAGAUUUAUAUAUAUUUAAAUGUGAAUACAGCUUAAGGUAUUUUGUACAUAAUUAAAAGACAUUGAAUAUCACUGUAAUAAAACUUAUAUAAUUA